AUGUACAAGGCAUUGGAGCGCAUUAUCCAGAACCAACUUAUUAAACAUCGCGAAGAAACAACCCGCGACGAGCAAGCUGGCUUUCGUCUUGGCCGAUCUACGAUUGACCAGGUUUUCAUCGUCAAAGGAGUGAUCGAAAUCUGGCAGCAGUAUUCGAAGCCAAUGCAACUAGCGCUUCUGGAUUUUGAAGCUGCGUUCGACUCUUCUCACCGAGGCAGUCUUCUCAACUCGCUCCGCGCCGAUGGAGUACCAGGAAAGUUCGUUCGCUUGCUUGAUGACAUGAAUCAACGAACAACUGCUGCAGUUCGAACAUCAUCCGGAUGUACAACACCGUUCGAGGUGGCAACUGGAGUAAGACAAGGGGACUGUGGCUGGACUCUUCUCGUUCAACUUCGCCAUCGACGACAUUAUGCGAAAAACAGUAGAUCAGUGUCCUGCCGAUAUCAUUCUAGCACCAUCAUGGUGCCCCUUGACCGAUCUCGAGUACGCCGACGAUGUCUUUAUAUUCGCGGAAAGCAAUACGAAACUUCAACAUGUUGUCAACCUUGUAUCGAAGCUGGCUUCAGCCUAUGGACUACGCCUACGCCCUGA